AUGUCUGGAUUAGAAAAAUCCCUUUUCCAGCUCAAGUUUACUGCGAAACAGUUACAGAAACAGUCCCGAAAGGCCGCCAAAGAUGAAACGGCUGAGAAAGCUAAACUGAAGAAGGCUUUACAGCAAGAUAACGUGGACGGAGCGAGGAUCUAUGCCGCCAAUGCCAUCCGUAAACAUAACGAGUCCUUGAAUCUUUUGCGGCUGUCUUCCCGUAUCGAUGCGGUUAGUAGCCGGGUCGAAACUGCCGUUACUAUGAGGAGCGUCACAUCUAGCAUGACAGGUGUUGUGAGGGGUAUGGACCGAGCGAUGGAGAGCAUGAACCUCGAUCGUAUUACGAUGGUCAUGGACAAAUUUGAAUCGCAAUUCGCAGAUAUGGAUGCCCAAUCGGGCUGCAUGGAAUCCGCGAUCAGCCAGACAACCGCCUCGUCGAUGCCCCAAGACCAGGUGGAUUUGCUGAUGCAAAAGGUGGCCGAUGAAGCAGGCCUAGAGAUCAAGCAUGGAUUGGGCGAAGUGCCGAAAUCGUCGGUGGGGGUGGUCGAGCAGGAACCGACGGUCAGCACCCAGGAAGCCCCAGAAGACGCAUUGGCUGAGCGGCUUAAAGCACUCAGACCUGCAACCUGA